AUGGCGACUAUCAAGGCAAUCGAGCCCCGCUCCGUCCACCAAAUCCAAUCUGGUCAAGUCAUCGUUGACCUCUGUUCCGUUGUCAAGGAAUUGGUGGAAAACAGCAUCGAUGCCGGGGCUACCAAUAUUGAGGUCCGGUUGAAGAAUCAAGGACUGGACUCGAUAGAGGUUCAGGAUAAUGGCUCAGGAAUAUCCAAGGAAAACUACGAAACCUUGGCCCUGAAGCAUUACACCUCCAAGCUGACUACAUAUACCGACCUCACUUCCCUCCAGACAUUUGGCUUUCGGGGCGAAGCCUUGUCAUCUCUCUGCGCCUUGUCCAAAUUUACAGUCACCACUUGCUUGGCAUCGGAUGCCCCAAAAGGGUCGAAAUUAGAAUACGAGACGUCCGGUAAGCUCCGCAGUACGGGCGUGGUGGCUGCACAAAAAGGCACAACAGCAUCGGUCGAGGGUCUCUUCCACAACUUGCCCGUACGCCGCCGGGAGCUCGAGCGAAACAUCAAGCGAGAAUGGAACAGGGUCCUUGGCGUGCUCAAUCAGUAUGCUUGCAUUCAGACUGGCCUGAAAUUCUCAGUCUCCCAGCAGCCUAACAAGGGCAAGCGGAUGGUGCUAUUCUCAACCAAAGGAAAUCGGACCACUCGCGAGAACAUCGUUAACGUGUUCGGAGCAAAGACUCUAUCCGUUCUAAUUCCUCUAGCUUUAGAGCUGGAGCUGGAGCCCACUACCAGUACACCGGGCCAGAAAUGGAGUACGCAAGAACCGUCCGAUGGUGCAGUUACGCAAAUUCAUGUUCGAGGGCAUGUUUCCCGCCCUGCUCAUGGAGAAGGGAGGCAGACACCGGAUCGACAAAUGUUCUUUGUGAAUGGUCGGCCUUGCGGGCUGCCUCAAUUCGCCAAAGUCUUCAACGAUGUGUACAAAUCCUACAAUUCUUCGCAGUCGCCCUUUAUAUUUGCCAAUAUCCAACUCGACACCCAUCUCUACGAUGUCAACGUCAGUCCGGACAAACGAACCAUCCUUCUCCAUGAUCAAACACGGAUGCUCGAUAACCUUAGAGUGUCACUCAGCGCCCUGUUUGAAUCUCAAGACUACGCGUUACCAACUUCGCAACUUCAGGGGUUCAAGCAAACACCCUUCAAGAAGCCGUCUCUCAGCAGGCAAGAUACGUCAGCAUCGAAGACCGGAUCGAGGCACUCUACACCAAGCAGAGAGGACUCUCGUGGGAAGUCCACUUCUGCAGAACCCCCGCCCAGUGUAGAAGGUGAAGGUGUGCAUGCUGAUGAUGAGGACCAGAGUUCAGGUGGGCCGGCGCGCAAGGAUUCAGUUACUACGGGAUCAUUAUCUCGUGAUGCCCAGCGUCUCAACUUGAUAAGUCGAUGGAUCGAACGAAAAUCUGACUUGCGCACGGACAGUGCCUCAAGAGACACGAAUAAAUCCGAAGCACCCAAGGGCAGGUCCAGGGCCGAAGAGCCGGUUUCUAAAUGUGGUCCGGAUAACACUGAAGAGUCUGAAAAUUCAACUCCUAUGGAGGUUCCAGAUGAUUUGUCGGCGUCUGCUGCGGAAGCAACGGAGACAUCUAGUCGCAUCGCAGACUUCCGUACACGUCUGCAAGGACUCAGUCAGUCCAAGACCCAUCAAACCACUGGCAUUGCUGCAUCCGCCGGACAAGACACAUCUGAGCCGCCCAUACCCUUUAUCACUACUCCGUCUCGUGUCUCGGACGUCAAGACCAGCAAAGCCGCACCGUAUCUGCCUAUGAAGCGAUCAGCGCCGGAAGUCGCCACAAUCACAAUAGGUGAUCACACCGUCACGAGCAUCAUUGGCUCACCCUCGAAGAAACAGCGAGUAGAACAUCACCCAGCCCAGCAUUCCUCUGCCCAACGAACUGCCAAGCAAACCGUACCAGUCCCUUCGUUCAAUGGACGCUUGACACAAAUGUUUGCAGCCAACACACAGUCAUCCCAGACAGUAUCAAGACAGAUCGAGGUCACUAGUGAGAUGCGUGAUGUCUCAGAGCAUUCUGACUCCUCAAGCGAACACCUCUUUGUGUCAGAUGAGGAGGAAGAAAAGGGCAGUCAAAGUGAAGACGGUGAAGAAGUGGAAGUUGACCAUCAAGCUGACGACGAUGAUGAGGACGAACAUGAUCAGCAGCAUGAAGUCGAUGAAGUUGUCGAGAAGAGCCCCGGGAAGGAGGAUUGCCUUGAUACCCGCAACUCCUCGCCGGUGUCCGAUGAAAACAGCGAACUGCCACAGAAGAGCGUAUCGCUGUCUCCAACCCACCUAAGUGAUGAAGACUACGUAGACGAUGUUCCACGGAAAGCAGGCGAUGCAGAAGAUGAAGAAGAUGAAGAAGAGACGCGAGGUAUUGUCGCGACUGUCGAAGAGCCGGCGGACACUAUCUCGGAAGAGACACAAAAACGCACCCAGAGCUUCGUCAAAGGUGGCACCAAGAAGAAAAAUGCGACCUGUCAUCUUCAACAGACACUACGAACAGACGAGACCCAUAUGCGUGGUGCUCUGACUAGGCAUCGAGACUAUCUCGGCGUGCUCUCCUCAGUCAAAGGAUCGGAGUUGGUCACUGACAAACUUGACGCUGAAGAUGCUGAAGAGAAGCUCUCUUUAACGAUAUCCAAGUCAGACUUUGGCAAGAUGAAGAUCAUCGGCCAGUUCAACCUGGGUUUCAUAUUGGCAUCCCGCCCUGGAGGAGUUGACAUUGACGAAGAUCAAAUUCGGCACACUAGAGAUGACGAACUUUUCAUCAUCGACCAGCACGCUACUGACGAGAAAUACAACUUCGAGCGUCUCCAAGCCAACACAGUCGUUCAAUCUCAGAGGCUCGUCCAGCCCAAGACACUGGAGCUCACGGCUGUGGAAGAGGAUAUCGUCCAGGAGAAUCUCGAAGCUUUGGAGACAAACGGCUUCAUGGUCAGCUUCGAUGAUAGCGGGGAUGAACCGUUCGGGACCCGAUGCCAGCUGCUUAGUCUGCCGCUGAGCCGUGAAACGACCUUCAACCUGCCGGACCUUGAGGAGCUUAUCUCCCUCCUGAGAGACCACCAAUCCAUUUCGGCCAACACAGUUCCACGACCCUCCAAAGUUCGGAAGAUGUUCGCGAUGCGCGCGUGUCGAAGCAGCGUCAUGAUUGGAAAGUCUUUGACUAAUCAGCAGAUGGAGAAGCUGGUCAGACAUAUGGGCGAACUUGACAAGCCGUGGAACUGCCCCCACGGCCGACCAACCAUGAGACAUCUGUGCGGUCUAGGGGCGUGGGAUGAGAUGGGCUGGAAAGAGGGCGAUGGCCUCGAUGGUGAGAGAGCGUUACCGACUAAUUGGGGUGCAUAUGUUCGCGAUCAGAACGAAAUCGAGUGGAGGGGCUAUCUAUGA